AUGGCAAAAGCGACAAGAUUUAUGUGUCUGUUACUUGCGGCGGCUGCAAUAGCGCAGGCGAAACCGCUGAAUCCAUCGAUCGAUGAAUCCAUCAAUGAGAUCGAUCAUGAUAACGCGAAUCUGCAAAAAAAUCCAUUCGGAUUGAAGAAACAGCAACGGAAUUCUGCUUUGCCGACUAACGAGGCAUUAAUAAAGGCGACCACGCAAAUUGAUGCUACAAACUCGGCAGCUGGUACCAUGAUCGACACAACCGUACAGUCCUUCAAGGAAAAUUCCACAACAAAACCGGGUCCAUUCUCUUGGUUCCUGACACCGUUAGCGCAAAAAAUACAGUUUUCACCAUCAUUCCUGCAAGAUCGCCUGUUAUUUUUGAAAGAGGCGCUAAACCAUCUGGGCAUCAACGUGCUACAAAACGUGACAGCGAAACAGCUAACUGCACCCACCGGUUUGGUGCAUUUCUUGGGUCCGACUGACUCUGGUUUCUAUACGAAUCGGCUGGAACCGGCCGGUUUUCUGGGUGGUAACGGCUGGUUCGCCAACAAGGGCGGCAUUCUAGGCGGACCGGGAGCUAUAGUCUCCACCGGCAGCCUCCUCACAGAUUAUCCAACUGCUUACAGAAAGAAAUAG